UGAGCUCUGAGUGAGUAAAGGGUUAACUCUGCUUCUCCCUCUUCCUGUUUUGAAACCUGUUUCUACUCGCCUCUCAGACAUUUCAAAGUGUGUGCUGCUCUCUGUCUCUGGACUCUGAGAGGACUCAGCAGACUUCCAGUGAGUCCACUCGUCAUGUUUGUCUCUCAGUCUGCGAGACGUCGACUCUGCUCGUCCGGCUCCGUCUGGUCCUCCUGGGUUUCCACUUACAGCACUCAGCCUCCCUCCAAAGAUGCGUACCUUCAUUACAGCUUCGGUCGCCCGGUCCUCUCUCUGCGUCUCCCUGCAGGUCAGCAGAGUCGUUUCACCUUGACGCCCAUGUUGACCACAGUGGGUGACCUCCUGCGUGACAUCACAGCCAAAGACCCCGGCGUGCACACGGCCAGCCUGCUCAACAGAGAUGGACAGAGGAUCUCCUCCUGCACGUUCAUGGAAACUGUUUUAAAUAAAGAUUUCCAGCUGGUCAUCAAUGAUGUCACACACGGCGUGCGCUCACUCGGAGAAGGCUCGUCUCAUGAACACCUGCUGGGCGUGGAUGAUAUGAAGUACGUGGUCCGCCUUCUCCACUCGGCUCUGAGUCUCCCUCAGCGGCAGCACACCAAACACGGCGAGCUGAUGAUCAGACAGGAAGCGCUCCGACAGCAGCUGCAGCCGCUCGAGAACGUGAGAGUAAAGCUGGCAAGGGAGGCGGAGACUAAAGCGUCAGUUCUUGGGUGGGCGGGGCUUGCCUACCUGUCCCUGCAGGGAGGCUUCCUGGGUUACCUCACCUGGUACGUAUUUGCCUGGGACGUCAUGGAGCCGGUCACUUACUUCAUCACCUACACCACCAGCAUGAUGUUCUUCGGUUACUACAUGAUGACUAAACAGGAUUUCAUCUUACCGCAGGUGCGUGAUCGUCAGUUCCUCAACUUCUUCCACCGGUCAGCCUCUCAACAGAAAUUCAACGUUCAAAAAUACAACAAACUCAAAGAAGAGCUGGCAGAGGUGGAGAUAAAUCUCAGGACUUUGAGGAUGUCUAUUCUUCAACCUGAAGAUCAGAAGCCUCAGAAUCCACCUGAGCGGUCGUGAGGUUCAGCUGCAGACUCGAUGAUUUCUGGUUCAAUUCCUCGAGAGAGAUUAUUUUUACCGCUCCUCAUGGUGUCUCCGCGAUCUGGAAUGUUCCAUGCUUGGGCUGCAACAGCCAAUGAGAGCGAGCUCACCCUAACCAGGAAGUGUCACCGACCAGAUGUUGCUCAACUGGAACAAUCCACAGCCAGGAUCUCCUCCGUCUUGUUUUUAUCGUUUCUCGCUGUUAAAUCAACCACACAGCAGGACAGCCGGUCGACGACGACCAUCGUCCUCCAUCUCCAUCUCACCGUCCUCAUGUCCGUGGUCUCCGUGUGUAACAUCGUCUCGUGUGAAUGUUUUUUUUGCACAUUUGUCUUCCUGUUUUUGAAAAAUGUUUAUCACUCUCAUUUUAAUGGUCGUCUGCUUUUUUAUUCAAAACAAAGAAAAAAUAAAUCACAUUUUUAAAAGUC